GUCUGCCGCUCUGGAAGUUCGUCUGCUACCAUCGCGGUAGCACGCUGGUCGUGCUGGAUAGUUCUAGUGGAGUAGCCGCACCUCACUUUCCUGUUUUUCAUUAGUGCUCGGAAAAGGAGGGAACGAAAAGUGUGCGAUCAUGCGGAUCAAUGGUCACAAGGAAGUUCGAUUUUUGGACGAGUGUGACAGCGACAACAACGGCGAUGCAGAGGACAUGCUAAAUCAUGACAACAUAUCACUCCAAGCCCGCGUGUCAGACCUGGAAAAGAAAGUUCAGGAGCAGAAUGACGACAUCACCUGCCUGCAAAGCACCAUUGCGGACUUACUGCGGAGGUUAAACCACUUGGAAGGCAGGGCUCCUGUUGUCACAAACUUCAACAACCAUGCAACUACACCGACGAAAGCGUCGCCAUCCUCUUUCAUUCCGUCACAUCCUCAACGAUACGGGCUCCAUCGGCAGGUGAGCAACAGCUCGACGUCGUCCGCGGUCGAUGGCAGUGCGCCUGUGCACAAUGGUCACCACCACCACCAGCAACCUCCGUCACCUCAGUCACAUGGCCCUCCACGGCGGCUCGGUUAUGGUCCGACAGCGUCUACGAGCUCGUUACACAGCGAGGGCGGCCAGAGUUCAACCUCAGCAUCUCCCGUGCCCUCGCCGGCACCGUCGUCGUACCGCAGCUCUCCGUCCCCACGACAGACGCCCUCGCCCAGUCGCUACAUCUCAGCGUCCACGUCCAACCUCUCCGCGAUGAAGCGCUGGACGAGCAACAGUCAGGAUUUCGGCGUGGGAGCCAAACGGGUUAUAAGUGGCUCCAUGUAUAACCUCAACCUCAGGUCCCCUUCGGGAACGCUCUUGAGACACGGCACAAGGGAUGCACAGUUCAAUCAAGAGGACGGAACGAUACGCAUGUACCUACGGGGUCGACCCGUCGUCAUGCACGUUCCAACCGACCUCCUGGAAGACUACAGUCUCACCAAAGUAAACAGUGCACCUCCUCAGAGACUCAAGUUAGAAUGGGUAUAUGGCUAUCGUGGCCGUGACUGCCGUUCCAAUCUCUUCCUGUUGCCGACGGGGGAAAUGGUGUACUUCAUCGCAGCGGUUGUGGUCCUCUAUAACGUAGAGGAUCAAAUCCAGAGACAUUACUUAGGACAUACAGACGAUAUAAAGUGCCUUGCUAUCCACCCCAACAAGUUGGUCAUUGCAACGGGUCAGGUUGCCAGCAUCGACAGGAGAGACCGUAAGAGUCAAACCUUUGAUGCUUCAUCACCUGAAGCAAGUCUGCUGCCCCGCGUCGUAAGCAGGCCGCACGUCAGGAUAUGGGACUCUGUUAGCCUGCACACCCUGCACGUCAUCGGGAUUGGAGAGUUCGAGAGGGCCGUCAGCUGCGUCGCAUUUUCAAAGACGGAUGGUGGCUCCAUCUUAUGUGCGGUCGAUGACUCAAACGAGCAUACGAUAUCGCUCUGGGACUGGCAGAGGGGUGAGAGGGGACAGAAGAUAACGGAGACAAAGAGUGCGUCGGAUGCGGUGCUGGCAGUCGAGUUCCACCCAAUGGACCGGCACACGUUGGUCACUCUCGGAAAGGGGCACAUCCACUUCUGGGAUAUGGAAGGAGGAACGCUGGCCAAAAAACUUGGCAUCUUCGAGAAGAGCAACAAGCCCAAGUAUGUUCUAUGCAUGACAUUCACGGAGGUGGGAGACUUGCUCACCGGUGACUCCAACGGAAACAUCAUUGUUUGGCAAAGAGGGUCAAACAGAGUGUCAAGGCUUGUGAGCAACGCACAUGAUGGCCCUGUGUUCUCAGUCUGCUCCAUGAAGGACGGCACCAUCGUCAGCGGAGGUGGAAAGGACCGUAGAGUCGUCGAGUGGGACUCUGCUCUUCAGCGGACGGGGAGAGAGGCCAGGCUUCCAGACAGUGUAGGGGGCAUCCGCACACUGACACAGGGAAAGGGUAGUAUGCUGCUUAUUGGGACCACAAGAAACUCCAUCCUACAAGGAACGUUCAGUCUAAAUUUUUCCACCGUCGUCCAAGGCCACACUGAAGAAAUUUGGGCUCUCGCCGUGAGUCCGACUCAGAAUCAAUUUGUAACUGGAGGUUACGACUGCCAGGUCCACUUGUGGGACACCAUGUCACAUUCCGUCGUCUGGAGCAAGGAUUUUGGGGAGCCAGUGCAGGCUGCAUGCUUUUCUCCAGACGGCAACAUCCUGGUGGUGACCACACGGACUGGGCGAUGGAGUGCAAUGGAUGCUUCUACACGGCAGGUGUAUUCGACACAUGCAGAUGGUCAAGAAGCCAUUGAUGUUGUCAAGUUUUCUCCGAACGGGCAGCUGUUAGCGUUGGGUUCCAGGGACAAUUUCAUCUAUGUGUACCAAGUCAGUGAAGAGGGUCACAAGUACAACCGUAUCAGUCGUUGCACGGGACAUCACAGUUUCAUAACACACUUGGACUGGUCAGCAGACAGCACGUACCUCCAGUCUAAUUCAGGCGACUACGAAAUCCUCUACUGGAACGCGUUGGUGUGUCGCCAAGUGACAAACAUGUCGAUCACAAGGGACCUCAAGUGGCAUUCGCACACCUGCACAAUUGGGUUCAAUGUAUUUGGCAUUUGGCCCGAAGGUGCUGACGGUACAGAUGUCAACACAUGUAGCCGAUCACACUCGUCCAAGCUCUUGGCAACGGGAGACGAUUUUGGAAAAGUGAAGCUGUUCUCAUAUCCUGCCAAUGAGCCCAAGUGCCUGCACCAUGUACAUAACGGUCACAGCAGUCACGUGACCGCCGUCGAUUUCCUGCCAGACGACACGCGACUCACCUCAUUAGGCGGCAGGGAUUGUAGCAUCAUGCAGUGGGCUGUGCUCUAAGGUUACGUCGUAAUCCUGCCACGCCAUUCCUCGUUUACACGCACACGCAAGACGACGACGGCGACGAUGACGGUGCCCCAAGGGAGUGCCGCUCGUGUGCCGGUACUACAGUUGACCGGUGUUUCUACCUGUUUCAAGAAGCUAACUUAAGCCUAGUUCGAACGGUGACGUACGUACGAUUGUUUGUGCGUCUAGCACGGGUGUGAUGGUGCAGUUGAUAAAUGCGAGGCAGCAUCACGUUUCGAGCAAAUAAGUUAGAUAUAGUACCGUUUUGACAGCUGGAAAAAGUGCUGCUAAAAGUUCUGCAAGUUUUGAUACAUGUUGUACCCCGCUGAACAUGCGCAAUUUUACCUGUGUUUGUUUGGUCCGUGAGACAUGUCAAAUUCAUCAGUUAUUGAACACUUUGAAAACGGUAUGAUUAAGUACUGGGCUGUGAGCAUCGACUACAUUACUUGUUGACUAAUGCGUACAGUUGACCACAGCUUUAAUCACACUGCAGUACUGCCAGUACCCGCUACGGCAUUGGAAACUACAGUACUGCCAUACACUACACGGAACAGUACAGUCUGUACGUAAGUUUUGUGUACAAUACAAGUACUGUCAGUUCCAGCAACAGCACUACAGGUUACAGCCCUGUCAAUACAUUGUUGUAAGUUGGUGAACAGACAUCUAGUUUGUAUUAAGACCCAAAACCGACAAAGUUGACAUCUAAAUUACGUGAUAAUUUCUAGAAAAAGUGUUCAUCAAGCAUUGUUCCGUAUAAGUGAAAUCCAUCGCUAAAUGCAUGUGUCUGAUACCAAGAAAUAACAUUUUCAUUUUUGUGUGCCCUCUACCUUUGAUUGAUAAUGUUUUUACAAAUCUACCUUCAAAGAGAAAUGUGAACGUUUUGCACACAGAUUGCGCUCUUUGUUUCUGCACAUAUCAUUAAAAUAUGUGGUGUAAUGUGUGCCACAUGUUAGCUUCUCUCAAACGCUAUACAACUCCCCAAGUUUUUUCUGUAGAGAUUACACACAUCAAUUUUUGUUGUUGUUGUUGAUUUGCCAGGGCAAAUGUGCAUGAAGAUUUGAGUUUUGACCCCCAGCCCUUCGUGUUUCACACCUGUAUCUACGUUUUGUAAAAGUUGAAUGUUUUCAAGCUGACGAAAGUCGAAGCUGUGUAAGAACAUCCUUGUUUUGAAAGACACAGCCAUGUUUUACGGAAAUACCAGUGCUGUGGAAAAAGAAGUGUCGGGUAUACAUUUUUUAUUUCUUGGAACGCUGUUUAUAGGACGUUGAGAGAUUUGUUCUUUUGCGGAUCGUUUAAUAUAUAUGCACGCUCGAGCAGAGCGAGAACAACAUUUGUAUAUAGUGCAGAGGCAUUUUUUGCUGCACGGGCAUCUAAAAAGAAAGUGUAUUUAAUCAAAAUUUUACUUCCGCAAGCCAACGUUCUCAUCAGAGGGACUGCCUCUAUGCAGUGUAGUGCUACGCCUGUGGGACGCUGAUAUCUCAUUGGACGAGAGGUGUGCUACGGCAUUGGAUUUCUCCCCUUACUCUUGCCCAACGCACGUUAUUUUGGUCUCCUACCAAAGCGUUGGCGGGUAGAAGGCGUGACGGAGCUUCUUGCUUCAUCCUUGUGGGCAGGUGCCAGGGGAGGAGGGUCCUCGUGAGGUGUGUGUGGUAAUAUUUACACGUCCUUCGAUAAAAAUGUUGGCUGUGUUGCACAAGUCGUGCAAUCUUGAGUUAUGUGUGUUCACGUUGACGCAUGUGGCAGAAGGGGCUUUGAAAAACGUGGUAAUAUGAAAAAAAAAAAUGUGAUGUUACACAUCAGGGUGCAUUGUACUCACGUAGGGUAUUUAUUAGCGCCAUAUCUUCCCGACUCUUUGCCAGAAGGAAAGAUACGAACAGAACCUUCAAGUUAACGCUCAAGAGUAGACUAGCACUGAUUAUCGUGCUCACGUACAUCUAUUUUGACAGUUUAGAAUGUUCGACAUUCUUUCUCGGGGGGGGGGGGGGGGGGGGGACCAGCUUUCGGUCGUAUGCCAGGAAGGAGCCCCACAUCUUCGAUACACCUACGCUACACAGGAUACACCAUUCUCUAUGAGGUGUCAUGCUGUGCAUUUAUAAAUUAGGUUCCUACCAUGUAAUGCUCAGACAGAACUCCUCAGUAGCAUAGCCUUCCAGACCUGCAACUUGCCCAAAUCGUCGAGAGCUUAGGAUUAUUUAGCGAGUUCAUCCAUGUCACAUCAUCUUUACAUUACGAUGUAUACCGCAUGUGCCACCCCCUCGCCUGAUUUGGCUAACAGGCCGAUUAUUUAUCCAGAUCUGACCCGAGUUAACUUUUUGUUUGUUCCUCAGGACGUUUUUACUUUUUUUUUUGUAGGUACAACUACGAUUUAUAACAUCAUAAUUUCCGUAUCUAGCUUAACAUCGAAUGUCAGGAUUUACGGCCAACUAGUGCCUAGCAGAAUAAUAGCAUUGUACGCCUUUUUCAGGAGUAGGUAGGGUUGUAUUUUUUAAAAAUUGCCUCUGUGGGACAAGACUUGUGACACGUGUAAAUAAUAAAGCGAUUGCAAAUUACGCUGA